AUGUGGACAGCCCACGAAGUGUGGAACCGCACUUUGGAGGUAUUGAAGAAGCUUCCAUUGGAUUCAGAACAGAUUAGGGAAUGUAAUAAUGGAGAGAUUCGUGGUCCAACUGCCGCUACUUUCUUAACGCGUGAGUUUAUAUUGUUUUAGGUGGUAGAUGGUUGUCUUUGGUUUUUUGACGUUUUUACACUCCACAAGCGUAUAAUUGGCUAGUUUUUGUUUCAUAAUAGAAUUUCUCGUAUUUUACAAGUUUAUUUAUGUAUUUUCAUUUUUAUUCUAUUUGGUUUUAUGGUUAUCUUAUUUGUUUUUAUGGUUAUUGUUUUAGAUCUGGACUACUAUCAAGGAGUAUUGCUAAUAUUUGGGCUCAUAUUGACGCUAACAGUGAUAGGGAUGGCUUUUGUGGAAUGUCUGAUGGUUAAGGCAAAUGUUUCAAAGUCGAAACGAAGGAGUAAACUUUACUUUUUGAUCACUCUGUUUCCGGUAAGACAUGGAUAACAUUUUGUUUUAUAUCUUUGGUUUUAAACUUCAAACCUUUAUAAAAUUUAGUAUUUGAAAAUUGACUGUUUCAUAUUAUUUUAAAAUAUGAUGGUCAAAUGUUUGUUGAAAGUUCAGUUACAAAGCAUUUGGUUAGGUAUAGUUCGCACUCUUAGCUGAUUGCUAACUUUUUUUUAUGUGUUACUCUAAAAUGUGAUCUUAAAUCUUUAUAAGCUUUUGCAAGGUACAACAAUAUGGAACAUUGUUUACAUUGUAAAAGUUUUGUAGCAAAAUAUAAAUCUAAAAUAAAGUUACGAAUUUUUUUAGGUAUCAAUGAUGUUUUGUAUGGUUGGCAUGAUCUCACCUCGAGCUGCAGCUUUGUCAACUUCAUUUGGCUUAUUCUACUUUUUGGUCGUGUUUUAUAUUUACAUUACUUUGGUAAUGAAUUUGGUAAGGCGGAAUCCGAAUGACAGUCAACUGUGUGGAGUCAAGGCGAGGUUGAAUGAACGGGGGAAGAAGAUCAACAUGCGGGUACCACCAAUCUGUUGCUUGAUACCGUGCAUGCCUGAACCAAGAGUGACUAGGUAACGGUUUUUGAUUGAAGCUUUUAUAUUUUGUGGCUUUGAUUCUUGUUUUUGAUAAGGAGGUUUUACCAAUAGAAGGAUUUAUUGACAUUAACUUAACAUUGAAUUACUCUAUCUGACCUUACUCUACUUUUUGAUGAAUUUAACUAAAGAAAGUCAAUUUUAAGUUAAUUUUUAAUUUUUUCAAAGGUUUUUUAAAAAUGUAUUCAAAUAGUUAACCUUUCCACUGCCUUUUCGAUCUUCGCUUUGUGAUUUGGAGAAUUCCAAAAAGACUUUGAAUGCGCGCCGCCAUAGCUCAGUCGGUUAGAGCGUGGGUCUAAUAAGCCCAAGGUCGCAGGUUCGACCCCUGCUGGCGGCAAAUGUCUUUUUACAUUUUCUACGUUAAAUUUUUUUUGUUUUUAAAUAUUUUAUUAAUAAAAAUUGAUUUAAUAUAUCUUUUUUAUUGCUAUUUUUCUAUUUUCAAUUAAAUUUUUAAUUUUUUGUUGAAUUUUAAUAUUUUUAACCAAAUUUUUUAUAUUUUCAGCCAAAGAAUUCAAAUCAUCAAGCUUUUGGUGCUCCAAGGACCAUUGAUAAGAUCAUUUGUCUUUUUCUUCGAAGUUUGCUUAACAAUUGAGCUGGGUCGUGAUGCUAACAUGUAUAUUCAAUACUGUGAAAUGGUCGCCCUACUCUCGACUUUUGCUGUCGUUUUUGGGUCGCAUACUUUUACUAGGCUUGUUGUGGUAGGUUGAUAUCUAAUUAAAACAUAUUUUGAAAAAAUUUUUGUUUUUUUUUGGGAAUUUUGGUUUAGAAAUUGGUUCUUGUUGAUAUUAUAGGUUCAGUAAGUUAUAAUUAUGAGCUGUCAGUAUGUACACGUUUUUAUAUGAUGACAUUUUUAUAGACGUAUUUUAACAUUUUCUUUAAUUAAACUUUUUGAAAUUUUAAAAAAUUGAAAUUGGUAUUAAACUUUUAGCACGAACUUCACGAGUACCAAAUGGUGACGGUAAUAAGAUCCAUCUCUCUGGCUUUGUUUUCGUUUUCAGCACAGUACCCAUUACUUUUCCAAAAUGUGUUUCUGAGGCUGAAUUUGAUCCGCUGUGGACCAAUUUUGUCGAUACCUGAAUCAGCUAGAUGUAAGUUAAUACAUUUUAAAUCAUUUAGCUGGUGCAUGAUACUAUGUCAGGUCAGAAAUUUGGUUUUAAAAAGUAUUUUACAAUGUUAUCCAAUAUGUUGUUGAAAAAAUUUAAUUUCGUUUUAAAAAAGUUUUGUUACCUAAAAUUCUAAAUUUUAGUUAUAUGCAACUUUAUGGUGAUAUGUCAACUCUUCGCGCUGAACCUCCUAUUCUCAUCGGCUUUGAAACCCGAAAAGAAUGAGAUAUUCGACCUGGUGGAGAACGACUCAACUCCAUCGGAAGAGGACAUUAACGACUACAAGAAGUCACUGUUCUUGUCAUUACUAACGCCCAAGUCCAAACGACCUCUCAAUUUUGUGUAA